AUGUUGAUUUGGAGGCCAGUCUCCUCAGAUUCUUCCGGCAACACGACUCAGCUUUUUCUGCGCAUCUUGUUUGUGGAAGAGCAGACUGAUGUCUCACUCUCUCACUCCUUCUCUUUUUCUCUCUCUUUCUCUCUCACACACAUUCUCUCUCGCCCUUUCAUUUUCUCUCUCGAUCUCUUUCUCUCACUCACUCCAACCUCUCUCUCAUUCUCACAUUCUCUCUUUCACUCUUUCUUUCUAUCUUUCUCUUUCUCUCUCUCUCUCUCUCUUUCUCUCUCUUUCUCUAUUUCUCUCCCACUCUCUCUCACACUUCAUAUUUUUCUCUAUCUUUCUCUCGCUCAUUCUCUCUCUUUCUCGCCCUCUCAUUUUAUCUCUCUCGCUCUUUUUCUCUCGCUCACCCCUCCCUCUCUCUCUCUCUCUCUCUCUCUCUCAUUCACUUUCGUUCUCUUUUUCACUUCUCUUACCCUUCCUCUGUAUCUUUCUCUUUCUCUCUCUGUGCAUCUCUCCUAUUGA